AUGAUCGGCUGUUCCGCGGUCGAGGAGGAGGAGAACAAAGAGCAUCGUGGCGAGAGAAAGAAGGGUUCUUCGGAAGGAACUCCGGCAGCGGCAUUCUCGUCUUUUGAAAAAUUCAAGCCAGCGACGACAAACACGCUGAGGGGAGAGCGUGCUCAGUUCCGGCUUCCGCUCGCAGCCUCGCUGCUCGUCAAAAAUCAGUCUGAGUCGUCGCGGUCUCUCAGUACAGUCAGUUGGUCAGUCAGUGAAGUUAACUUACUCGAUUGGUCAGGCGGACCGACGCUCGACAGACUGAGCCAGCCCGUCCGGUUCAUCAUCGGCUUCGUCACUCGCUCCCUCUUACCUAUCACCUACGACGAUCCCUCCUCUCUCUCUGACGAAGUGAGGUGUUCUUCUCUUUCUACUCAUCCCCCCUUUUCCCUUUCCUCCUUCCUCUUUCCUCUUCGCUCGUUGUCUUUCGUUUGGAUUCGAGGGACAUCGGUUUACGAACUUGGAAUUAAAAGGAUCAAAAGGUCAGGCAAGGUCUUUCCCUUCCGACACUCUCGGCUUCGUUCUCACCUCCGCUUCUCGGCAGGAUCCAAGAACGUCGACAACACUCCUUUGAACGUUUGCAAAGGAGCUGUUCUCUUUCUCGAAUCAGCUCGCGUCUGA